GCGCGCCGAGGAGGAGCGGUUUGACAGCUGUCAAAAUUAUGUACAGUAUGUCUGAUACUAAAUGUCUCAUAUCUCAUAUAAUGUCUUGUGUAUACCUUGUGUAUACCUCGUAUAUAUAUAUAUCUCGUGUACACUUCGUGUAUACCUCGUGUAUACAUGGAUUAGGUCAAAAUGGACACCAAAUUCCUCUACGAUGUUGCAAACAAUAGGAUAGAAAUAGGUUACAGACGUAAAUAAGUUCUCCGGAGAGCAUGUAAUGCGCGUCGUUCAAAUUGUGCAAAUCGUCGCGAGUCUGAUAACGAUUCGUUUUCAUCCGAACGAUUGGCUAACGUUUGUGGGGAUUGCGGUGACGGGGGUGGCCGCCCGCAACCUUAACACAAUUCUAUUUUUUUCCCGAAUGCACCUACUCGCGGGGGUCGAGGGGAAUAAGGCAGCAUCCUCCCCGAGAAUGACUCGUGCGCGUGGGUGUGGUGAGGAUGAGCGAAUGAUAGGAUAUUCGUGGUGAAGAGGGUCACGGCGGACGGACGGAUAGACGGACGGGGGCGGGCGACGAGUGAGGAAAGUUCGGACGAAGAAGAAAAGGUGUUGCGAUCGAGGAAGCUGAACAGAACCGUACGAACCUCCACCGCGGCCGUAUCGUCGCGUAUCCUCUCCCCUCGCACGCGCGCACGAAAAUACACACGAAGAGCCCGACUUUUCGGCCGACCAGAGUAACAGGCAGAGGUUGAAUCGCGCGGUACUCGACGACGCUCGAAGAAUCGUAGACCGACGAACUAGUACCAGUUAGACACCAGUUCCUCCCCAGCUUCAAUCAUGGUUUACGAGAGCGACUUCUACACGACCCGGCGACCCUACUCGCGGCCGCUCGUCUCCUCCUACAGCGUCACGUAUCGACCCAUCGUCCUACCGCUCUCCAGCAUCAUCCAGUUGAGGACCAUUCCUCAUAUGCCAUACGUGGCGCACAAGCGGCUCGUCACCAUAGUUCACUCGCCGGUACACCAUGUAUACUACUCCGGUGCAAUGGUACCGAUAAGGGUGCGGGCACGCGUGCGGCCCAGCGUCCUCGUAGCCGAGCUCAACAGGAUACGCGACCUGCCGAGGCCGUCCAGCCGAUCGUACAUGGAAGAGUACCUAAACUCCCGUGACAACAUAUUGUUCGACGACGAAACGAGGGAGAUACGCGCGAGGGUGGACUCCCUUCUUCGCCGCGUCCACGUGUUCGUGCCGAGGGCAGUGGCAAGCGACUUCCUCGAGCAGAUCGUGCCGGAACGUAUGCGCAGCCACGACUACGUUCGCCGACUGCUGACCGGCCGCAACCUCGCGAAGAAGCAAAUUGAACACCUUGGUUGGUAUGACGUGCCCGAGAGGGGUUCUUUCGGCACCCUGUCAUGCGUCAAGUACGUCGCCGGCAAGCCGCAGUCCGUCAGAAAGCCGUACUUUAAGGUCGCGGACCUUCGGCCGGCCGACAUCCGCAACGACGUCAACUUCCUCAGCUACUACAGCAAGAACCGUCAGGCGGCCGCGACUGCCUGCCCAGGUCAACACUUGACGGAUCGAGAGUUGCGAAAGGCACGCGCGUUAGGCGAAGAGUACACGCCUCAGCAGGAGAAGACAACUAACAAGCCCGCUCCCGAAUCGAAAUCGGAGCCGAAGCCGGAAGUCAAGCCAGAAAAGAAAGCGAAAAAGAAGCCGGAAGCUGAGAAGGAAUCGAAGCCGCUACCUGAGGCGGAACCAGCGAAAGAGCCCGAACCGACACCGGAACCUGCAAAAGAACCAGAACCGAUAGCCGAACCGCCACCGAAGGUAGUCGCAGAGCCGGCGCCGAUAAAGCCGUCGAAAUCAGCGAAAGGUUCGAAGCCUGCUAAAGCCGCGAAAACCGCGAAAGCGGCCGAACCCAAAGCGUCAGCAGAGCCCGCGAAAGCACCGGAACCUGCGAAGGAGCCGGAACCCGCGAAGGAGCCGGAGCCCGUGAAGGAGCCAGAGUCUGCGAAGGAGCCGGAGCCUGUGAAGGAGCCGGAGCCCGCGAAAGAACCGGAGCCCGCGCCAGAACCAGAGCCCGUGAAGGAAGCAGCGCCUGUUCCGCCGGAACCGGAACCAGCGGCGAAGCCGGAGAGCGCAGCAGAGCCGGAAGUGCCGGCGGAACCGAUCGCGGAGAACGUCGCGCCGAGCGAAGGCGCGCAGGCUGUAAGUGACGAAGCUAAGGAGUGCGAGGACGAAAAGGUGAGGCAAGAGAAGGAGGACGCCAUCAAGAGAGCCGAGGAGUACCUUCGCAAAGUGGCUCGGGAAGCGCAGACGGAGGAAGAGAGGCGGAAGGUCGCGGAAGCGGAACGCGUGCAGCUCGAGCUGGAAGAGGAGAAGUCAUGGGAGGCGUUGCAGCUAGCGCAGGAACGGAAAGCAGAGCUAGGCGAGAUACUUGAGAAUGAGCGGCAGGAAGCCGAGAGGAAGGUGGAGGAGGCCAAACUAGAAGCGGAGCUUGAGGAAGCGGAGAAGGUGGUCGAGGAGGAAAGGAUAAUCAACCAGACGAGGCUCAACGCGCUGAUACAGGAGCAAGAGCGGCUGAUAGUCGAGGAGCAUCUCGAGGAAGUUCAGCAGCAAAAACAAGAGCAGGAAGAGAGAAUGACGGAAGUCAUGCUGCCGGCGGAGAACGAGCCCAAAGACGUCAGCUGCGCGGAGGAUCCGGUGAAUGACGAAGUGACCGAUCAGCAGAAGGAGGAGAAGCCUUAUGACGUUACUACGGAUGACGACACACGGAUCGAGGAGGAGAAUGUCGCAGAGGAGGAGCACGCGCAGGUGACUGAAGAGCCGUUCGUCGAGGAGCCGGCUGGAGCCGAGAGUAAGCCGCAAGAGGAGCCGGUAGUUACCGAGGACGCGGUGCAAAUCGAGGAGGUCACCUCCGGCGGCGAGGAGUUCGAAUGGGGUGAUCAAGAUGCGUAAUCGCCCCAAUCGCCAAUCGUUCCUUCGUCAUUGUCGUUCAACGCUACGGUUUACUGCGCCUACCAUAUAAGUUUGUCUGUCAUCUUGUCAUCCUGUCCGCGAGAUCGCCAUCCGAUUCGUAAUUCUCGCGGAGGAACUCGGGAGAACCGAUCGUCGAGACUCUGAUCUCAUGUCACUCAAGCGCACCUAUCUCAUUAUCACUUCAAUCGCAAAGCUGUUUUGUUAUACAUAACGUCACGACAUGUCACAUUGCAUUAUGUUAUGUUAUGUUACGUUACAUUAUGUCAGAGAGCGGCAACCGGUGGAUCGAAUCGGAGUAUCGAUUUUCGAUGGUCUACCCGGUGGUGAUUCGUUCAUAGUCCCGAAUAGUAAUCGGGUAGAAAUAUCACGACGAAUUCUAGCCGUUCAUUCGGAGUCGGCGCAACGAGAUGGCUUUGUCGUCUAUUUUUACGGUAACGGCUUCGAGCUUGAGCCAUGAAAUUGGUUUGACUGCAAUUGCUCGGACAAUCGAUCAGGCAGGAGGACGAUUCCGGAAAUAAUCGCGAUCACGUAUGAGAAUUAGGGACUCGGCGGAAACGUUCUUCUUACUUUAAUUAUUUUAGUUAUUUAUUUCUCAUAAGAAUAUGCUAUAUUAUUAUCGUAAAAGCGCGAUAACGCGAGCGACUCAAUCAGCUUGGAGUGUCGCUGCGACUUCACGGUGAACUGAUCUUCCUCGCAUAGAACAAGGAAGCACAAUUGCAAGUUCGCGAUCUGUUGAUUGUUGAUCAAACGGAAAUAUAUCAGGUACACGUAUUUUCAAUUAA